GUUUUGGUUUUCGGAGUUGCCUCCCAUGCACAGGUGUGAGUGUGUGCGUACAGGUAAAUCGCGAAGAAAACAAUAAAAGAGAAUAUUGGUAGCAAGACACUCCUACACUGUGUUACUCUGGAGUUUAUAAGUUAUGAUGGACGAAAUCGAACGGAUUAUACUAUCCCAACGUUGGAAGUCUUGAAGAGGGAAAACUAAAACGACUUCCCGAUGAGACGAUGUCCCGAUUUUCGCGGUUAAUUCCACGAUUUUUGAGAACCGACAAGUCCAAAACUUCGGUCACCAGGGAUAGUGGAUUUUUGGACAGACCCAAGGAUGGACCUGUGUGUCGAAUUCUCUUCUUGGAUGACACCGAUCUACAUCUUUCAUUCAAGGGAAAUUCCAAAGCCGCCCACUUGCUGGACAAAGUCUUUGAACACCUGAAUCUGUUGGAGAGAGACUAUUUUGGCCUCAGAUUUCUGGACCAGUCAGACCAAACACACUGGUUGGACCUGCAGAAAGCACUUGCCUCUCAGUUAAAGUCAUGCAGUCAACCUUACACUUUGUAUUUUGGUGUCAAAUUCUACCCCCCAGACCCCUGUAAACUCAAGGAGGAAAUUACCAGGUACCAGUUCUUCCUACAAAUAAAAAGAGACAUUCUUCAAGGGAGACUACCCAUAACCUUUGAUGAAGCUGCAGAGUUAUUUGCCUUUGCUGUGCAAGCUGAACUGGGUGAUUUUGACCCCAGAACCUGUUAUGAAGGGUAUGUCUCUGAAUUCCGUUUUGUCCCAAAUCAAACUCAGGAAUUAGAAGAGCGGAUCGCCAGAUUUCAUCAACAUCUUAGUGGGCUGAGUGCAAGCCAGGCAGAGUACAAAUUCCUAGACAAAGUCAAAUGGCUGGAUAUGUAUGGAGUAGACCUUCACUCUGUGCUGGGUGAAGGUAACACAGAGUACUUCCUGGGACUAACCCCUACAGGAAUUGUUGUGUAUAAGAACAAGUCAAAAGUAGGAAAUUACUUCUGGCCAAGAAUAACAAAGGUCACUUUCAAAGGAAAAAUUUUCAUUAUAAAAGUCAGGGACAAAAACAAUGACGAGCAUACCUAUGCCUUUGAUGUGGCCACAAAGACAAGGACUAAACAUCUGUGGAAGUGCUGUGUGGAGCAUCAUACGUUUUUCAGAAUUAACCAGCUAGCAGAUACAUUAGCACUUUCCUCCAAACACUCUAGACCUGCGGGAUCCAGACGAAGUGGUAGAAAUGACCGACAGAAUAACAAUGAUAUCCGACAGCAGCCACUGGUUACUAGGAUACCAAGCAGACGACAGCCAACCAGGAGCAAGUCCGACUCCAAACUCAAUGGAGGAAAGGCAGGCUCCUAUUACAGUGUAAUCAAUGAUGCAGCAGUCACUAGAGUUGUGGCCCCUGAACCAGUCAGAGGAUCUCGACACAGAAGUCUGCCAGAUCUACAGAGGAACCAGUCACCUAGGAGUACCAGAAGUGCACCCUGGGAAAAGGAUGGGGAUACUGGGCUGUACACCUCAGGACGUGAGUCCCCAAUAUCACUCCACAGUGACGUACAGAAGUUCCCCAGGAGAGUGGGCCAGACCAGCGAUACAGAGAGUGGGCACAGACGCAAAUACUUCCCCAAAAACAAAGGUUCCGACAAUGAAAGUGAUGUGUCUUUUUCAAGAAGAAGGAGGAGGGAUGGAGACAGUGGUAGCGAGUCUGACGUAUCCCCCAACAGGAACCGGCGUCCCAAGAGUUCAGUGGAGCCCUGGUACGAGAACCAGUGGAACGAGGCCAUGCAGGGAAUUUUCCCAGCUAAUGCUGAAAGCUAUAUGAAUGGGUCUGUUCCGUCAAUCCACUCUGCCCCAGCUGGAGAGGUCAAGAGGAGAAGGAGACGAAGAACAAAGUCACCAGGGACGGCAAAACGGCCCCCAGAGGAACUCAAACAGCACAUCACAUAUGAUUUGGUGGACACUGAAGGCAUGGCACCUGAAGAUCUCCAAGACAUUCCCUAUGUCAGAGUAGAAACAAAAGCGGAGCCCUUUAAACUCAAAUAUUCACCCCAUGUACGUCAACGAUACAGGUCUCCAAAACGGAGAGGAUUUGGAGACCAGGAUUCUGGUCAACCACAGCUACCUCAGUCCGGGGACCCUCCCCCUCCUUACACCCCCUCAGAUCCCCCCCACAGGACGCCAGAGCUGGGGGGCUACAGGAACUACAUGAGUGACACCAACGCUUAUCACAACAGGAGUGAUAUAGAAACACAAAGCAAUAAGUCUGGAUCCACCUACAGGUCCUCUCAUCACCCGGGUUCAGCUAAAUACAGGCCGGAGAGAAUAUUUUUUUAUGGCGACUCUUUGUCCGUGGCGUCGUACGACACUUCUCGUAGCUGGGACACGACACGUAGCUUUGAUAAAUUUUAUCAGAAUCAAGCCAACACAAACAGAGAGGGUACAUCUGAGCAGAAUUUUGGUCACAGGAUGGACAGUAUUAGGAGCCAACCCCAUAGUUCAACAGCUCAGUACAGGGUGCAGAGCAUCAAACAAGAAAACACUAGUACAAAUCAGUCGGACGACACAAUUGGUCCUAAUUCUGAAAGUGUGUCUGACGACACGCUGGAAGCCAUUGAUCACAUGACCCAAACAAAUGUUGCCAAGGAAACAGAGGUUGAGGACAGACAACCCCGACCUGGAUCUUCCGCACAGAGGUCGAGUGGGUACACGUCAGAUAUAGCUCCAGCCAAGCCCAGAACAAGCGGAUACAUGUCAGAUGUGGUACCGAGUCGCUCCCAGAAUUACCGUUCAAACAACCCCAAUGCUUAUAAACCACCAUCGGGUAACACCAAAAUGAACAACAGUCCAUUGAGUGACAUUUCCAAAGUGUCAGAGAGAUACAGGAGUCCUAUAGGAGGAAAUCAGUCCCGGACUACUCCGAAUUCCAGACAGGAGAAUUUGCCGUACAGCAGGAGGCAUAAUAUGGAGAAUCCGUCUCAGUCAGAUUACGUCUCUGAUGCGGAAUCCUCUCGUCGACAUCGAACGCCCGAAUCCCCCCGCCGUCACCAGACUCCGGAAUCUCAGUUAAUACACGACCCCCCGAGUUACGGUCGCCCCCCUCAUUCCAUGUACUCCCUCACACCUCCGUCCACAGCUGAAAUUCUGAGAACUGAUAACUCGCACACCCAUCUUCAAAACCAAUCCUACCUGAGUCAGCAACAUCCAAAUACUCCAGUUACACCUGAGUACAGUCGGAGAACUGGCUACAAUACCAGUCAAGCCGACCACGUUAAUUCUUCCUUGACCUCCAGUAACUUGUCUUCCAUGGUGUAUAAUUCUUCCCCGUUCAAACAGACUACCCCCUCCAGUGUUCAUACAGACAAUACAAGCCAGCCGUCCAGUGUGUUUACGGGGAGUUCCCCCAAGUCGUAUAAUAAUGCACGUAAUGUGAAUGCCCGGUUAUUCAGCCCACACCAAGCGGGUGACUAUUCUAGACUUUCCAACCAGGAAAAUGUUUCUCUGAACAGUUCUGGGUAUGCUCCAAACAGGAGUAUGGAGAAUAAAAACUUACUAUAUAACACAAGCGAAUCUCCUGGCAGGGGAAAUCAAAACAAUACCUCAUAUAAUCACAGGCAGUUACAUGUGAGGGGGGACCAGGAAAGACCCCUGAACUAUGACCCUCGAGGACCCCCCAGUAGAAGACACGAACAUCCCCCUUACAGUGACAGGGGUCAGAUACCAGGGAGGGGCGGGGGAGACCCGGCCAACCAUCAGGGGAGAUCACCCAGCAAGGCCGGCCAGAAUUACUCGUCAUACAAUGGCUACGCUGGCAUUCAAUCUCCGACAGACCACAACAGUGUAAAUAGUUCACACAAUACUUCACAGUUUCAUUCCUCUUGGCUUGGUUAUCAACAAUCUCCCUCAUAUUCAUCACCAAGGAAACCGCCUCAUCCUCAUCCUCAAGCAUCUCAACGAUCAGGAUUCAGCAUCCCUUCACAGAGAAGCUUGAAUCAUUCUGCUGUAGAAGCUAGUGCGUUGCGGCCAGUUUAUCGAAAUCCUCAAAGACAUGAUUUGGUCACAGAAAUAUGAGUGGCUUGAUAUUAUAUUGCAUGUUUUCAGCUGAAAAUCCUUUGUUAUCUGUGUGAAUUUAUACCCUUGCUUGCUAUUGAGAAGAAAAAAUGUUCAGUACAUAUUUGCAUGAAAAUAGUGUGUCAUUUAGCUUCUUGUAUAUAUUUAAUGAAUUCCAUUUUUACUCUGGUAAAUAAAAUCUGCCUUUCUUGAUUAUUUGUGAUUAUGCACAAGUGCAAUAUACUACAAGUUCUUUAUCCAAGUAUUUCAGUCUUUGUUCAUUUAGACACUGUACCUAUAUUUCAAUCUGUAUUUCAUGAAAAUCUUUGCAUCUUUUUAUUCUACAUACAUGAUUUUAAGCAAUGUGAAUGCAUCAAAGAUUUGAAUCUAGAAUUCACAUUAUAAAUUUAAUUUUAUUUACUACAA